AUGGCCAAAAUGGAAGUCGACGAUGUUGUCGACUUGAGUUUGGGAUCAGGUCGAGAUCCAGCGCUGACAAUCACGCCAGCUACAGUAAGAGAUUUGCGAGCCUUGACACAAAAUUCGGGACUGACCAUAAUACCUGCUCCUCCACCACCAAUUUCGCCAGCAAUUGUUCAUGGGAACAAUAGUAUCACAAGCGCUAAUAACACUACAACGGCCACAAAUAACAUUUCCACCACCAUAAUGAGUGUGGAUCCCUCUAGUAAUAAUAAUAAUAGUAGCAUGUCAUCAAAUCAAAAUCAAACAUCAGCUUCUUCUUCGAUUAACUCAAACACGACAUCGACAUCAUCGCCAGUUUCAGAUGAAAAUAAGGUGCAACGUCGCGUUCUAAGGCCUCGUACCGAACCCAAGUCUUAUGCCGAGGCUCCAGAUAUUGUACUAUUGCCGGCUCGCAUGAAUGGUCGGCAACAAAAUGGUAAUAUAGACUCCGAGACAGAUGAUGAAGAAAUGCCACCCUACGUACCCAUCAAGGAACUUACACCUGCCGAGUUAAAAGAACGCGAGAAAGGAUUACGUAAACUUCGAGACGAUCUACGUAAUGAAGAAACGAAACUGGUGCUAUUAAAAAAACUAAAACAGUCUCAACAUGUCAUGAAAGAGAAUCUAGUGGUAACGCCCACUAGUGUAUCGCCUACAAAUCCGUUAGCUGCUAUACCGGCUGCUCUAACCUCAAAAGGAGCCCUAAGUGUAACACCCACCAAUGCAGCGCCGUUGCCUGCACACACCAAAACAAAUCGUUCCAAUAGCAAUAGCAUCUCAUCCUCUAUUAGCAUAAGCGCUACAAGUAAUCGCGGUUCAACCAAUAGCAGUUCGGCAUCAUCAACAGCUGCUUCUUCACCUUCGCACCGUUCGAAUACCAAUAGCACUACAAUACUGCCCCCACCACGUUCCUCCUUGCCUGGUGGUGCUACCUUAACUGCUGGAUCGUCAACGGCUAGCAUUAGCAUCGCAGCAGCAACGUCAUCGUCCUCCUCCUCGUCAUCACGCUCUUCAAAUGCUCUGCCACCUCGAACCAAUCUUCCGAAUCUCACUAUUACACCGUCGGUGACUAUAACGCCUACCACGGCUCCGCCGUCAGGACUUAAAUCACGCAAUCAGCCUAAUGUAUCGGAUAAUUCAAAGGUACCUAACACUAUCAGCAACUCGGUAUCUAUCACCCCAGCACCACCAAUAGCAACACAAAAUCAACAACAUAGUGAUUUAAAGAGUGAACGAUCCACUGCGCGGGAAGAGAGUCAGACUCCCGCUCAGAGGCAAGCGGCAGCAAAAUUGGCGUUAAGAAAACAAUUAGAAAAGACUUUAUUGCAGAUUCCUCCUCCAAAACCUCCACCACCGGAGAUGCAUUUCAUACCAAAUCCAAGUAACACCGAGUUCGUUUAUCUAUUGGGCUUAGAGACUGUGGUCGAUUAUUUGAUGACUAAUACAAAAAAAUCGACCGCGGUCGCACCUCCCUUUCGUUGUGCUCAAUGUAAAGUUGACUUUACACCUGUUUGGAAAUGGGAGAAGCAAGGAAAUAAAGAACCAAAAGUCAUUUGUGAGCAGUGCGUCACUUCGAAUGUUAAGAAAGCUCUAAAGGCUGAACAUACAAAUCGACUGAAACAGGCUUUUGUUAAAGCUCUACAACAGGAACAAGAAAUCGAACAACGUUUAGCCAGCCAAAGCAGUCCUUCGCCAGUUGAUACACAUGUCAUUGCCGCCUCCGUUUCAUCACAAUCGCAGUCGCAAUCAAAUCAAUCUCAACAGCAAUCGAUAACCCAUCAAUCUCAACCGCAGAUAGCACACGCCUCUUCUACCGCAGCUGCUUUAGUUAAUCUACCACCUUCAGUUACUGUUAUACCAACUAAAUGUCAAACACCCACACCGAGUAUAACACCACGACCCACUCCGCCGCCAAUAAAUCAACAGCCGACGCCUCCACCACCACCGCUGACUGCGCCCCGAUCAUCGCGAGGUAACAACUCCCACCAAACACAAUCCAGUCCCAGUAAUCCGACAACGAAUCAGUUACAUCAUCAUCAUCAGCAGCAACAACAGCGUGAGCGGGAGCGCGAACGAGAACGAGAACGGGAACGGGAACGGGAACGAGAACGAGAACGGGAACGUGAACGUGAACGUGAACGUGACCAUCAUCGUGCCGAACAGCAGCAACAACAGCAAAGAGCUGCAGUUGAACAGCAGCAACAACAGCAACAAUAUGACAAGUAUUCGACCGCUGCUUUGGCCGCAGCAGCACAACUAGGCGCUCUCGGCUUACCAGGCCUCAACAAUUUGGCCGGACUUGGUGGCUUAGGCAAUCUCGGUAAUCUAGGCCAAUUAGGCAAUUUAGCCGCACUUGGAGGCUUGGCAAAUUUGGGUGCGGCAGCAGCGGCCACUGCUGCAAACCCAGCUGCGGCAGCAGCAAAUUUGGGAGCUCUAAGCAAUGCGUCGCCAGCGGCAACCGCAGCAGCUAUGCAAGCUUUUCAACAACAAUUACUUAGAGCAUUAGGACAAGGCUUGGCCACGAACCCUCAACACAUGAUGCAGUUCACUCCCUUAUUGUACUCCUAUCAAAUGGCUAUGGCUCAAGCUGCUCAAGUAGCAGCCUUUACCAAUAAGAAAAGUUCGGCUUCAUCAUCUUCGUCUUCAACGGCAACGUCAUCCAAAAAUCAAACGACAUCAUUAGCCGACAUACAACGAGCUGCCGAAUUGCAGCGACAAUAUUUAUUAGAUAUGAUACCACCGCAGGCUCCAGGGCCCAGUAAUAGUCGUCAAAAUAAUUGGAAAACGUAAACCUAUUGCGAGUAUUAGGAAUCAACAGGCAAAACAAAUCCUAAAUAAAAAAAAUUUAUUUUAUCGACCUUUAUUAUUGAGAAGAAUGAAUGAAAACAGAAAAUAGAAAUUU